UAGUGACGUGGCGCGUACGGCGCCGUGCGUGAUGACGCAGGGCGUAAGGGGAUGGAGAGCUGCAGCCGCAUUGUUGUGGGGGGAAGAGAGGCGAGCUAGCCUGCUAGCAUAGUGCACAUACGGCCAGCCCAAUAACGACUGAAAACAGGCGCCUUAGUAUGGUCGAGCUGCUGUUAUCUUGAGCGUGUAACUCCGGCUUUUAAAUGCUUAUUUUUGGAUCUGGCAGACCGUUACGGAUACCUCAUAUUGCCCUUGGAAUACAACGGAGAAGCGGCUGGUGGACGGUAGCGCGGCUCGUGCACGGAUUAAACCUACUGCUGUUCAGUAGGCCACAGCGCUGCUGCUUUUAGCUCGGCCGUACUGCCUUUAAAGCUUCUUUGAACGUCGACGGCGAAGUUCCUCUGUGGCAUUCAAAAUGAGGAAGAAGGUUCGACAUAAUCGUGUCACCACCCCGCAGAGGCCUCCCUCACCCAUCAAACCCUCACGUAACCGCGAGACCUUGACGUAUGCCGAGGCUCAACGUAUGGUUGAGCUGGAAAUCGAUGGCCGUGUGCACCGGCUCAGCAUUUACGACAAACUGGAUGUCAUCGACAGCGACGACCCUUUAGCUCAGGAGAUCAGCGAGUGCACCAGCAACAAGGAGAACACGGAGAAGCCGCAGCAGGUCCUUGUGCGUUCGGUGCGGCUCAAAAACAACCAGCAGAAGAAGAGCGCCGCAUUGACGACUGUGCAGGGUUCACCAGCUCAGGGCAGGCUACCGGAGCCAAAGAUCCGAACGGUUGAGUACAACCUCCCGGCGGUGCCGCGGAGGCCGUCAGCAUACUACACCUAUGUGGAGAAGACGCUGGACGAGCUCGACGAGGAGGUGGAAUACGACAUGGAUGAGGAAGACUAUGCAUGGCUCGAGCUGAUCAACGAGAAGAGGAAGACCGACGGCUGCAGCCAGGUCUCUCAGAACGUCUUCGAGUUCCUCAUGGACCGCUUCGAGAAGGAGUCUUUCUUCGAGAGCCAGGGCCAAGGAGAACCCCAGUCGCUUAUCGACGAGGAUGCCGUGUGCUGCAUCUGCAUGGAUGGCGAGUGCCAGAACAGUAACGCGAUUUUGUUCUGCGACAUGUGCAAUCUCGCCGUGCAUCAGGAGUGUUACGGCGUCCCCCACAUCCCAGAGGGCCGCUGGCUUUGCCGCCACUGCUUAAAUUUUCCCUCUCAGCUCGCCGAGUGCAUAUUCUGUCCGAAUAAAGGUGGUGCGCUUAAGAGAACGGACGACGAUCGCUGGGGGCACGUGGUGUGUGCCAUCUGGGUCCCUGAAGUCGGUUUUACCAAUACGGUUUUCAUCGAGCCCAUCGACGGUGUGGCGAACAUUCCUCCAGCUCGCUGGAAACUCACCUGUUACCUGUGCAAGAAGAAAGGAGUGGGCGCUUGCAUUCAGUGCAGCAAGGCCAACUGUUACACUGCUUUCCAUGUGAGCUGUGCUCAGAAAGCCGGCCUCUACAUGAAGAUGGAGCCCAUCAAAGAGGUCACUGAAUCAGGAGCUGCUACGUUCUCUGUGAAGAAAACGGCGUACUGUUGCUCUCAUACACCUAACGGUUGUGUGAGGAGACCCCUCACUAUAUACGAGGACUCCAAACCCAAGAAUGGUUUAUGUCAGAAGGCUGCUCACAGGGAUAGAGCAAAGGGAUGCCAGAAAAAGAAGAACAAAAAGCCCGAUUCGGAGCCUGUUGCAGUGGUUCCGACGGUUUCCGGGCCUAGUAUUACACCUAAAAGUUUCAACACGAUCCUCAAUCAAGUUUCUGUACAGAAGAAGAAGGUGUUCGUGGAACGGGUUCUCAGUUACUGGAUGCUCAAGAGGCAGUCGAGGAAUGGCGUCCCACUAAUAAGGCGCCUGCAGACUGCCAUACAAACGCAAAAAGAACCAGAACAGGCGCCAUGCGUUGAGGACCGUCAAGCUCUGACAGAGCAGUUAAAGGACUGGCAUCGUUUACGGCAUGACCUGGAGCGCGCUCGCUUGCUGCUGGAGCUCAUCCGCAAGAGGGAGAAGCUAAAGAGAGAGGAGAUGAAGUUGCAGCAGUCGGUUUUGGAGAUGCAGCUCACUCCGUUCCCUGUCCUGCUGCGAGCAGUGCUGGAUCAGCUGCAGGAGAAAGACCAGGCUAAAAUCUUUGCCCAGCCUGUCAGCGUCACAGAGGUUCCUGAUUAUCUAGAUCACAUCAAGCACCCUAUGGACUUCUCGACAGUGAGAAAGCGCAUCGACGCCCAUGCGUAUAAGAACCUGGAUGAGUUUGAGGAUGACUUCAACCUCAUUAUCAACAACUGCAUGAAGUACAAUGCCAAGGACACCUUUUUCUACCGCGCUGCUGUGCGUCUGCGAGAUCACGGUGGAGCGAUCCUCAGGAAGACUCGGCGGGACGCCGAACGGAUAGGCUUUGACUUCACCAGUGGAAUGCACCUCACUGAGCCUCCUAAGAUAGAGCCACCUCCAGCAUUGACCUGGGAUGAUGUUGACCGACUGUUAAACCCAGCCAAUCGCGAGCACAUGUCUAGGGAGGAACAAUUGAAUAAGCUGUUGGAGAUGCUGGAUUUAACCACUGCCAUGAAGUCAAGCCCUUCCCGGAGCAAACGGCUCAAGCUGCUCAAAAAGACCAUUAGUGAUGUGCGAAUGGAAAUGGGUCACAAAACGGAGCCCCCUUCAUUGGAGCAGAAUAAUCCCAAGGAAGAGGAAAAAGCGCCUCUUAUUCUCCCACAAGCCACUGAGGAAGAAGGUGACAAGUCAUUACCUCCAAAACUUGAGCCUUCAGACUCUGGGCCACUCCUGAAAAACUCAGACAGUCCCUGUGAACCUCCGACACUGAAACCCAUAGAGCCCAGCCCUGAAAAGUGCCCGAAAAAGGUCAAAUUUGACGGGGAGACAUUCUCUACCUCACUUCUAAAUGGUCUCUCCUCUGACGUUAUGCCCUCUGAAAAUAACGUUAUGGUUGCUACCUCCACUCUUACCGAACCAGCGAAUAUGGUCAACCGGCGAACGGCUGUGCUGUUUCGAAAGUCAAAGAGUCCGCAGAAGCCGUCGAACACAAGUGAAUCCUCUAUUGAUUGCCCUCAGCUGGGCACUAAGACGUUCCUGUCCGUGGUCAUCCCUCGCCUCGAAACCCUGCUCCAGCGCAGGAAGAGGACGCGCAGUGCUAGCGGCGACAGUCAGGGUGAUGAGGAUGAGUGUCCGAUCAAACGCUUGGAUACUGGCUUGUCUAAUGGCUUUUCUGAGCCAAAGAAAGGGCUAACUGUGAAUCGACUGUCAGAGCCUCGUCGCCGCUGUGCUUCAGAGUCCAGCAUUUCCUCCAGCGGAAGCGGGAGCAUACAGGAAAACACGAGUGAUGUCAGUCACGCAAAGAGCGGGAAAGGGAAGCUGGCGAUGACGAGACGAAACACGACGGACGAUAAAAAAGAACUGGUCAAUUGCGUGGAACCAGGGAAUAUUUCCAAAGCCAACAAGCUGGCAGCAGAGAUUGACAACAGCAAUAUUUGGAUGCCUGCUAACACUACACCACUAAAUCUGGAGCCCCUUAAACUAGUUUGGGCCAAACUUAGUGGAUAUCCUUCCUAUCCUGCCUUGAUCAUAGAUCCUCAGAUGUCUCGGGCGGGUUGCCAUCUCAACGACGAGUACAUUCCCACCCCUCCACGGGACGUGCUCAGGGUCGGAGAGCUGAUGCAGUUCAGGUCCAAGGAGAAACUCUUCCUCGUCCGCUUCUUCGACAGCAAACGCAACUGGCAAUGGCUUCCUAAAUCCAAGAUGGUACCAUUCGGAAUCGACAAGACCUUAGACCGAAGCAAAAUGUUGGAAGGCAGAACGUCAGGCAUCCGUAAAGCUGUGCAAAGCGCCUUCAACCGUGCCAUGAACCACUUGAGCCUUGUCCAGGACUUAGGCGCUGGAGAUUAACGGAGAUCCAUGUUGGAGGGUUUCAUCAAGCCCCACGUUUACCCGACGCUACGCUCCCGUAUCAGACUGGUCCUUCUUCCCAAUUCUGUUAGGAGCCGGCAAGCUUCUCAACGGACGAAUGUGAGAGCGCCUUCACUCUCCUGUA